AUGGCGUCGACGUGCAAGCCCAUGCACGUUAUCGCAACGUUUGCUGCCGUCCUGCUCUCACUUGUCAGCGCGGGAUUCAAUCCGUCGUCGAAGACGAAUGUCGCCGUGUACUGGGGACAAAAUUCCUAUGGCCAGAGCAAUUCCCAGCAGAGGCUUUCCACCUACUGCUCCGAUACCGAUAUCGAUAUCAUUUCCAUCAGUUUCCUCACCGAGAUUACUAACCCGGUGGUCAAUUUCGCAAAUGCUGGCGACAACUGCACUGUCUUUACAGGCACCACCCUGCUGAGCUGUCCACAAAUAGAGGAGGAUAUCCAGCUCUGCCAAGGCUCUUACGACAAGACCAUCAUGCUAUCAGUCGGUGGAGCAACCUACACAGAGGGAGGAUUCAGUUCUCCAGCUGCUGCUAUCACAGCGGCAAACAACGUCUGGGCAAUGUUUGGCCCCGUGCAAUCUGCCAGCUCUGUCAAGAGGCCAUUCGGAAAUGCAGUUAUCGAUGGGUUCGAUUUCGAUUUCGAGUCGUCCACUCAAAAUAUGGCGCCAUUUGCCAGCCAGCUCAGAGUUCUCAUGACCGCCGCAACAACUGCAGGCGGCAAGUCCUACUAUCUCAGCGCCGCACCACAGUGUCCUUACCCUGAUGUAGCCGACAAUGACAUGUUAAAUGGAGGAGUCAGCUUCGAUUUCAUCCAAGUCCAGUUCUACAACAACUACUGUGGCGUUAACAGCUUUGUAAUAGGUGCUUCUACCCAGCCUUCAUAUAACUUCGACACAUGGGACAACUGGGCAAAGACUGGGAGCGCAAAUCCCGCAGUCAAGAUUCUUGUAGGAAUCCCAGCAAACACGGGCGCAGGGGCCGGCUAUACUAGUGGAAGCGUCCUGCAGGCAACCAUUGAUUACAGCCAGGCCUUUGCCAGCUUCGGAGGUGUGAUGAUGUGGGAUAUGAGCCAGCUAUACAAGAACCCAGGGUUCGAGGAGGAGGUUGUGCAGUAUCUUGGCUCAGGAGGUAAUCCUUCUUCCACGAGCACAACGACCACGAGCACAGCGACCACGAGCACAGCGACCACGAGCAGAGUAACCACGAGCUCAGCUACCACACUGACAACAACAACAACUAGCUCAAAACAAUCAUCUCCUCCUACUUCAACAGCAACUACGACAACUCCACCUGCAGGGACUGGCUUGCCUGUGCCUGAGUGGGGCCAGUGCGGUGGUAUAGGAUACACCGGGUCCACCAAUUGUGCCAGCCCUUUGGUUUGUGCCUGCAACAGUGAGUGGUGGUGCCAAUGCCAGACGCAAAAGCCUGCAGAGAGCUCCCCAGCCCCAGGGAUCGCCUCGCCAUCGACCACCAGCGUGACGAUAAUCGCCAGGUCCACCACUAGAGCUCCCAUUGCAACGGCCGCAACAUCGACAACGGCGGCUGUCCUUGCGACUGGGCAACCAGUUCCGGAAUGGGGACAGUGUGGUGGCAUAGUGAGUGGUGGUGCCAAUGCCAGCGCGGUGCCGGCGGAGACAGUUCUUUAUCUCCGGUUGAGGAUUCAAGUGGGAGGACAGUAG